UACCCAGGAAACAGAAGUGAGAACUUCCCUGUAUGCCGCAAGGGCCUCAGGAGAAAGGCACUUCAUAGUGAACUUAUUGCCUCCACGUCAAGACAUAACGAAAAGUAACCAACAUGGAGGCUGUGGAUUACAUUGAAACUGAUGAUUACACACCAGAUAAUGAAACUGAAAUCAACUCCACCACAUCUGGACUACUGAAUUUCAGUACCUCUCCGUCAUUUUCGACUAAUGUUCUGGUGGCGGUCAAUAUAAUUAUAUCUGUUAUUGGCCUUGGAGGAAAUUCAUUAGUGAUCUGGAUCUGUGGAUGGAAAAUGAAAAGAACAGUCAUCACCACCUGGUACAUCAGUCUGGCCAUUUCAGACUUUUUGUUCUGUGCCUUUUUACCCUUGGAAGUAUUCUACAUGAUCACCUCACACUGGCCUUUCGGACAGAUCUUGUGCAAGCUCACCUCCUCCGCCCUGUUUCUCAACAUGUACUGCAGUGUGUUUCUGUUGGUUCUAAUCAGCACCGACCGCUGUAUCAUGAUCUCAUUUCCUGUGUGGUCGCAUAACCACCGGACGGUGCGGAAAGCAUUUGUAAUUGUUGUCCUUAUGUGGCUCCUUUCUGCACUCUUAACGGUACCUUCACUGAUCUUCAGACAGAUCACAGUCCAUGGCUCAGUCACUCAGUGCUACACAGAUUACAUGGGCCAUUCCACUCACAAGGCGGUGGUACUGACUCGAUUCAUUUGCGGGUUCCUGAUUCCUUUCCUAAUGAUUGUGUUCUGCUCCUUGGUGCUCGGAGUGAAGCUGAGGAGUUUGAUCAUCAAGUCAACAAAGCCUUACAAAGUUAUGGCGGCGCUCAUCUUGUCAUUUUUCCUCUGCUGGGUCCCCUAUCAUAGUUUUGUUCUUUUAGAGUUAGACUUGCAGAACCACAGCCUGGAAGUCCUCAGAACUGGCCUGAAGGUGGGAGCCACCCUGGCUGCAGCAAACAGCUUCAUAUCCCCAGUUCUCUAUGUGUUCAUUGGUAACGACUUCAAACAAACCCUAAAGCGGUCUUUGACAUCACGGAUAGAGGAGGCAAUGGCGGAGGACUUUCGUACAGGUCUCAAUCACUCAAGGUCUAAGUCAAUGGAAAUUAUCUAAUAUCAAGUUGAAACCUUUGUCAUUAGUGACAAGGAGUAUUUCACAGUACAGAACAUGAUUCUGUAAUAAUUUAAACUACCGUAUAUGUCAUGGCAUGUUUAACCUUAAUUAUUGUGUCUUUCAACUUACAAAAAAUAUAUCUUUACACUCAGAUAUUUUGUAUUUUUAGAUUUCUAUUUUAUUUUACGUGUGUUAAAGAAUUGCUUGUGUGUUUGUUCGCUGUUAUGUUUGGAAACCAGCUUGCUACAAAUUGCCCCUUGUGUGAAGUAUUUUGAAUUCAAUAUAAUUUAUCAUUUACAAUAUAUAUUAAUUUGGUGGCGCUGUGAACUAAAACUUUAAUGAAGAGAAACAUUUAUGCAGCAAUUGAAACUAGGUGCUUUCUAAUAAAUGUUCUUAAAAAACAAAUACCUUUAUUCUUAAUAUUGUAAUUUGAAAUUGAUAUUUAAAAUGUCUUACUGCUGUCAACGUACUUACACUGUUGUAACUUGUUGUAACUUUGGUUUUGCUGUUUGGUUCAGACUCAUCCAUCCUGCCUCAGCAGUUUUCUGCAAAUAAGCUCUACAGUAGGUACUAUUUUGUGAAAUUAUAAUAAAACGUUUGUUCAACCAAAA